UUCACACAUAAACCCCUCCCUGCAUACACUUACGUUGUGUGACACAUAUUGGGCGAAGAGAGAGCUGUGUUUCUUGAGCGGAGGAGAUCAUAGUCUUUUGGUUCCAAUCGGUCCAUUUUUCUUGGUUUCAAUUCGAAUGUGAAAUACAUGCCGAAAUGGCUUCCAUCAAUGUCGACAAGGUAGUGGAGAAGCCAUGCGACCUUUGCUUGGACCUCAUCAACUCCGUCGCACGCUCGACCAUUUUGGACGAGAACCGGAAUUGUACUUGGCACCGAGAUACCGGGGAAAUAUCCGAAUCCGCGGCAUCAUGCCGGUCUUGCGCAGCGAUCUUGGAGGUCUUACUUGAAUCCACGAUCUUGGAGGCCAGUGAACGAUUUUCAGACAUCACGAGAGAAAGCUCUAUGCCAGUGUCGGUGAAAAUAUCAAGCUUGAAUAUUAUCGACAAUGUUGGCUGGGCGUCCCUCAAUCUAGCCCUUGAAAUCAACCAGCACAACUUCGAAUACCACGUUGAUGGAAACAUCGGAGUAUCCGUCGAACAUGUUUCGUCAACCCAUGAUCAUCGACACCCUCGCUUCUGGACCUCGGGCAAAACGCAUGAAGUGGAAACUCUCACCGAGGACAGGAUUCUAUGCACCAAAACAUGGCUCAAUUCCUGUGAAACCUCUCACGGUAACGAGUGCCGUCCAACCAAGAGACGUUUGCCGAAACGACUCCUUGACACAAGGCCUGGAUACCCCCUGCGGCUGUUAUCUAGUAAUGAUAUUGAGAGACACGAGGAAUGGGUACGCUACGCAACUUUGAGCUAUAGUUGGGGCGCCUCGCUCCCCCUCAAGACCACGAUGGCCAACGAAAUGGAACAUAUGGGCGGGAUACGCGAGGAUCUUCUCCCUAGGACUUUUCGGCAUGCCAUCAAACUGGUUCGCUCGCUGGAAAUUCCGUAUCUAUGGAUCGACUCCCUCUGUAUCGUACAAGACGACCCUUUGGAAUGGCAGUCUGAAGCGUCGUACAUGGAAGACUAUUACUCCGGGAGUACAGUAACCAUAGCGGCAACGGAUUCGUUGGAUAGCAACGGAGGUUGCUUCCCGGAAGACGAUGACGGCAUCGAGUUUGAUUCGGCGUCAUGUAUGACUGAUCGCUCAAAAACCCCAUUGCAAUCCGGGUCGACAUCUAUAGAAAGACAACAACGCCCAUCAUACCCGAAUGCUCAGGUUUUCUCUUACACUAGCCAGACCGGCGACACGAACACAGUUAGCAACAUCAUGGUUCGUCUACAAUACUCGCAUCCGCGCAGUAUACGGCGCAGGGCACAUCUCAGCACUAGAGGUUGGGUCCUACAAGAACAAAUCCUGUCUCACAGAACUGUCCACUGUAUGAAGUCGGAAAUCUAUUGGGAAUGUAGAAGUCUACUCACGACCCAAUCUAAUCAGCGUUAUGGCCCGGUUCGCGGGUCUGACGUGGGACACUCCAAAGCUCAUUUCACCAGUAUGUGGCCUGAAUGGGUCGAGGACUACUCCAGACGAGACUUUACAAUCCCGUCGGACAGAUUACGAGCAUUUGCUGGCAUCAACAGCUAUUACCAAAGCAAUAUGAUUCAGGAGCCGAUCUUGGGUCUUACUCCCCAUUCCUUUGCCAGAGAUCUCUCCUGGGCCAGAGCUGGGCCGAACAGAGGCCCAGGAAUAUCUGGUGCCCCUUCUUGGACCUGGUUCUCGUGUCAUGCUCCCAUUUGGGUCGACCCCUGGGGCUUUGGGGAUGGAGACGAAACCCAGACCAAAGACUGGACUUCUCUUGUCUCCUUUCGCAUCAACUGGAAAGGAAGCAAAAUGACCUCAGACAUUGAGUCCUGCACGCUAAUCGUCCGAGGUCCGAUGAAAGAGUUCGCGCUCUGCAUGGCUUCCGAGUCGAAAGAGUACAAUCCACCAUAUUUGCUGGUGGAUGAGCAGCAGACCGACUUCUCGAAGAGCCGCGUCCCGUGGGACUGUUCAGGGCAAUUCGAUCAGGAUGACUACCCCAGCUGUGUCAAGACUACGUACGUCUGCUUGCUCUUGCGAUCAAAGACUACCGGGCGAGGAGACAGAAACCGUGAGAUCUUUUUGAUUCUUCAGCGGGAAGCUGCUUCUCUGGCAGUAGACGGCACGAACUACCCAGUGUUCCGGCGAAUCGGGAUAGCCUCAAUGAGAGGAACCGAGAGGAGAUUUAUGCAUGGUGCUAAGGAGGCGACAAUCGUCCUUAGCUGAGGGGUUGGAGACACCACAAUAGUUGUCUCAACUCAUGGACGAGGUGAAGAGCAGCUUCCUCGUAUAUCGAUAGAGCCAAGGGUCGUUUUAUUACCUAGAAGAACGAGCAAAGUCAAUUCUGGAACUCUACUCAGCUAA